ACAGGGCCAGGGGAGGCCCCGACCGAGCCGCUCCGUCCCCGGGGCCGCCUCCCCGCCUCUCCCCGCCCCGCUCCGCCUCCAGAGGGAACCGGGGGUGGCCUCUGGGGGGAAGCGGCUGCUGCGGGCGGCGGCCGGGCGCUGUGGUGCCCCGGCUCGGCCAUGCCGAUGUGGCGCCGGGCUGCCAGGGGGCCGGCGCUGCCCCCCUGCUGGGGAUGACCGGAGCCAUGAGCGCGGCUUGCCGGGGGCCCGAUCUCAGUUUUUUAAGCGAGGACGAAGCCAGGACGAUUUUCCAGGUGCUGCAGAGGGACUCGGAGCUCCGGCGGGCGGAGAAGGACAGGGUCAGAAAACUUCUGGAGAGAAAGAAGUCUGAAACAAGUCUGCAAGGGGUGACUGGAGAAUGGUUUGAAGAAAUACAAAGAAAAAAAUUUCAGAAUAACACUGAUGUCAAUACAAUGCUAAAGCCACCAUUAGAGCAUCAGCUAAGGAACAGCAAAAAGACCAAUCAUAAAGAAUUUAAAAUGUCAUCCCGCACAAAUCCUCAAGCACAAAAGAACACUUCAGCUUCCUUUCUGGGAUUCAGGUCACCUUUUGCUUGGCUUUUCUCCUUUAGAAAAUCAAGGAAAAACCAAACUCAGAAGCAACCACGAUAUGACAGUUCUGCUAUUACAGCUCCGAAAGUGGAAGAAAUGGCAACGGCUGAAAUGUGUAAUUCCCCGAUGUCAGCUGAUACAAGUGGUCAUUCUUUUGAUGUAAAACAAGAUGAAAUGAUGGAAAAAAGUACACAGGAGUGGAAUGAACAGCUAGAGAAGGAGUUUUUCAGUGUUCUAAAUGAUCUGGAUGACCAGCUGGCCCAGGAGCAAUCCCAAGAUCCACUGGACAGGCCGGUUUCUGCUAGCAGCGCUUCAAAUGUGCAAUACAACAGAGGUGCCUUCCCUACUUCAAAGAGACAGACUGCUAGUAGAGGGCAACACAGAAAUGACUGGAGUGACAUGCCUAGCACAUUUUUCCCAGAUGGACUGAGAACAAUAAGAGCCAGAGAUGAACACAAGAUUUUCAUUAGACCAAGGAAACUGUACAAUGCGUAUAUGAACUGGCAACAGACCUUUCAAGAUGACUACAAAUACAGUGAUCCAGUCGAUGAAAAUCCUCAUCUGCUAAGCAGAAGGCUGUCUUCUGUGUCUUUUGGGCGGUCUUCAGAAGGUAGCUUAUAUCCUCCUUCCAUAACACAGAACAGUGGAUUUAGGCACAAGAGUUAUAUGAACAGGGAUACAGCUGGCAGGAGUUACUCUGUGUGUUCCCUCCGGAGAUGUCCGUCAUCGGUAUCUUCUGAACAGCUGUCAGCAUCUAGUUUACAACAUCCAUUGGCAAGGGAGAGCAACAAUGAUUUUGUACCAAGGUUUGGUCGACAAAACCCGAAGAGAAUUCCUUUGUCUUCUAUUGUAUGGAACAAUGCACCAGACUCUUCUGGACAAACAUCAGCUCAAGAAAAGAUGUUUAGAACCCAAUCACUGAUGGAGUUUCAUGCUACAGACCACGGUAGAUAUCCUAGCUCUUUGCAAGAAAACAAGAAAUACGCAUGUUACCACUCAAAACACCAGUACAGAAGAUCUAUUUCAAGCAGUAAUUGCUUUAGUAGAGUUAGUUGCCCUGACAAAGCUACUUCUCCAUUGUCCUUUGAUAACUGGGAAAAUUAUCCAUUAUACCAAUCAGAAAAUAAUCUCUCCAGAUCAUACCAUAGAGAUAAUUCUCACAGCAAGUUGUAUGCAAACCAAAAAAGUUCUUACGGAAGGAAAGAGAGUUAUCCUUCUUGGACUGAUAUUCCUCAAUACCACAGUGAUGAUGUGUUUAUUUCUCCUGAUACCAGCUUUGAAGUGAUUAUGGCUAAUUUAAAUGACCAGCAAUGGACUCACACAAGGAAUGCCAAGUUUUCUUCACAGCACCUGCAGAAUGAUUUUCACGCGUGUUCUCCAGAAAAUACAAAUUACAAAACAAUAACAAGAAGUGCGAGUAGAACUUUUUCAGAAUUCACUGAGGGCUGUCAGCCUUGGCUAAGUUGUAACUCUUCGGUUUCUUCAGCUAUUAUCAGAAGUGAUGAAUCAGUCUUACCUAAUUUGAAGGACCAAACAAAACCCAUAGGACUGAAAAGGAAUUCAGUCAUUGUUACCCAAAGAAGUACUAAGGCAGACUUCACACAACUAGAAAAGGUUGAAGGUAUGAAACUGCCAGAUGAAGUGGAUUUUCAAGACAUGCCGUUACGGUCUGUUUCUCAACAAGCAGAUACAAGCUACAUCAACACCCAGAGUUUUCCCUCAAAUAACUCUGCGUUUGCCACGUUGCAAAGUGGUGCACCUCUCAUUAACUCACUGAGAUCAAAGAGGCAAACCCAAGCCAGUGCCAGAACAGAUACUGCAAAAAUGGAUGCAUCAAACGGCGAUACAAGAAAUGUACAAAUGAAGGAAAAUGAUCGCCCACCCAACAGUGUAUUCGGUCAGCAUCCCCGUAUUCUGCCAGCUGAUGAGAGCAGAAGGGAACCUUUUCUUCUGAGUCAGAAGGAAUGGAAACAUAAUCUGCAUUAUGCAAGAAAAAGAGAAGGCAUCAGACAGGAUAAUCAGUGUGCAGAAGCAGUUAACCAAGCUCCUCCAAAGGGAUUGUCUUUGCUGAAUGUUGCUUCUGCUCCAUCCACCGAAAAAUUAGCAGACUGUCAAGGCAUGUCAUCCUGGCCUCCUGACUGUUCAUCUAGUUCCUCACCAAGCUUUCCACAAGCACUUUCUCAUAAAGACAAUUCUAAAUGUUUAGGAACACUAACUAACUCUUCAGCAAGUUGCACAGUUACUGAAUCUCAUGCAGGAGGUGGAAAAACAGCUCAAUUGAGCAGAAUUGGUGUUACCAAAAAGAUUUCACAGAAAACACCACAAAGUACAAGCACUUUAGAUACUAAGGACUAUAGUGGACAAUUCAAUACUAGUUCUCCACAACAUGGAAGUUCUGGAAGUAUUUACACACAUGGAGACCCUGAGACUUCUGAACAUAGUUUAAAUUAUUUUUGCCUUGAAAAAGAAAGAGGGAAAAUAAGGAAUGAUUCAUUUGGAAUUGAAAGGCUUCACAAGCAAGACAGCUUACUGAGACAUACCAGUAGCUGCAGCAUUACUGGCUCCCCGAGCAGAAACAGCUUUAAAUCUUCUGAUCCACUUGUUAUUUAUUACACUUUACCUAGAAAAUCAGCUAGCAUUGCUGGUAGUAUUAUGUCAGAUACACCCAUCUCUUUCCCUAGAGAAAAUAGAAGAAGUAUGUAUGAUUGUUUAAGGUCUGAAAUUCCAAGUGGAGUUGAUGCCUUUUGUUCUAGCCAAAGAGAUGUGUCUUGUUUAGAAUCAAAACGUUCCUUUUUAACAUCAGCACCAUUAUAUGCUGCUACAAGUAACAGAGAUAAAGAGUACCCCAGUCCUUUAACCAGAAGUCCUAAUGAUUCAGUAAGUGGCAGCACAUCAGUUGAACUGAGUGAUAGAUGUAGACAUCUAAGCAGAAGAGAAUCCUCUGUGUUUUCGGACUGUAAGGAAGGGGGAAACGGUUUGCAGAAAUAUAAAACUACAAGCACGUUUACAGUUUGUGUUGAUGAAGAUCAUGUCAAGUAUCAUGAGCUAGUUUCAAUUUAUUACACGUUGCCGCGGAGGCAUUCAAAAACAUUUUGUAACCUCUUCAGGGAUAAUGCAGAGGAUGCAGAUUUACCUCUUUCUGAUGACAAUUCUCAGACACCAAGAAUACGAAACAAGAAGAACGAAGGUCAUGUGAGUUUAGCAAAUGUUUUUUUCCCCAGUACUCUAGAAAAAGAGGUGUCUUCCUAUUCUUCUGACCAGGUAUCUUCAGCUCUGGUCACACCUCAGAACUUAGAAACUGCUGUUAACAGUGAAGGAGAGAAUUCGCACUUAUCUCCUGGCUCUGAGAGGGUACGUACUGCAAAGUCAAUGAGUAUGGUCAAUAAUAGGAAGGGUAGUUCAACAGAUCUUUCAGUAACAGACAGCAUCCUUUCUGAUGUGGUGACAAAAGACAUUUCUUUCGGUGGUCCACAACCCAUUGCAAUAGCGGCUAACUCAGGUAAGGCCCUUUCUGAUGCUACAAACAACCAAAAUACAGAAACACGUCUGAAGGAAAAGGAGGAAAUUUCUCGAACAUCUGCACCACUAACGUCCACUUUAUCAACACCUCCUAAACCAGACAGACUUUUAGACAACUCUUUUUAUUCUACUUCAACAAAUAAGAAUGGUAUACAGAAGGGAAGCUCUGCAAACUGCUAUCAGCCUGCUACUGUAAGUACAAAUAAAAAUCAGAACAGUUUACUCCUCCACACAAGGGAGAAGAGUUCUCGUGGAAGGAUCGGUAACGCAGAGCGUGCUGAUGUGCCACUGCCUCCCAGGGAGGACACAGACAGGGACAGUACCAAAGUCAAACAGGGAAUAAAUUUCCUACGCCACACCACCCCUCUGUAUAAUAAUAAAUGCAGUGGACUGCAGUUAAGAGCUGAUAGUUCAAGAAAUAAUGCAAAUGACUUAAACUCUUGUAGCCAAAUGCUGCCAGAGUCUCAGAACAAAGCAUUUGAGGUAAGCACACCUUCCACUGCUGAUCCAUUACUUCGGCUAGACAAAACGGUCAGCACAGAUAAAGAUGAGUUAAAGAAUUCAAAAAUUAAAAAAGAGCAUAACUCACAGAGUACUCAGAUGGGUAAAGACUGUAGUGUUUUGCAGGAAUCAGAAAGGCCCAGUGAAGGUAGCGUGAACAUUAACAGUAAAGAUAAAGUCAUCAGGGCUGCACAAGACCAAAAAUUAACACAGAGUGCAGAAAAUGAGAACAAGCUUCUCUCUGACUGCACAAGAGACAAAGUCAAAGAUAUAGAAAAAAGGAAAAACAGACCUUCCAUUAAAAAUAAACUGGCAGCUGUUUGCAAAACCAGCCGAAAAUUUUCAAGUAAAAAUUUACCCCCCAAACCACACAUAAGUAAUAUUUUUUCACAGAAUGAUGGGAAUGCCAUUUCUUUAGAGGCCAGCAUGUCCCCUGACUCGCUGGUUUCAGCAGAUUGCCAUCAGUCAUCUCUGCAGUCUGAGAAUGAAAAUCAGAAUCACAGUCCAGACAGGAAUACACAAAUACGAAAACCAGCUGAGAAUAGUAAGAGUGAAAAUGUGACUGAUCCUUCUUUGCUAGUUAACAACUUAAAUUGGAAGUCUUUUGCAAGCUUAUACACCCAGAAGGAAGCCAUCAGUCCCAAAAAGACUACAAUGAAAGUAGAAAAUAGGCCAAAUCUUACAACCCUAUUUCCAGAUAAAGCAGUAGCCACAAGAAAUAAGAAUUCCCAAACACUUGAUUUGGGGUUAGAAAACAGAAGCCAGCCCAUCUCACUCAGUGCUACCGCAUCAGACCUGGUGGUUGGUGAGAAAAAAAGAGCUAGCAGCAGUGCUUGUAGUCCUCCCCUGCCACUCUUAACUGACAAAAACUCAAACACAUUUGUAAAUAAUUGCUUGCAGACGGACAUAUGUCCAAAGCAAAACGUGACUUCUCAGACCGCGCUUGGAGAGCAUCAAAACACCUCCCAGUCCAAUAGCUUAAAAAAUGCCAACUUGCAGAGCUAUCUGUUGCGCAAGAGUCAAGCAAAAAAUCAACGAGAGCGUCACCUUUCUGAGAGUAUUUGUGCUCAAGAUUCCCAUUCCUUUGCCUCUGUAAGCAGUAUUCUACCAAAGGAUAGCGUACAUGGGAAGAGAUUUAAAUCUUCCUCAGAGCUGUUGUCUUGUGAUGAAAAUGAGAACUGGGCGUCAGAUGAUGAGAAAUGCUACAGCACUAGGAAUUUGAUGUAUCCUUCCGUUGAAUUUGGUAUAUUUGGCAAAGAACAACAGUUGGCUUUCCUGGAAAAUAUCAAGAGGUCACUCACAGAAGGGCGAUUAUGGAGACCUUGUCUUCUUAAUAACCCUGGUGCUCUCCGAGAUGGAGAGACCCCUUCCAUAAACAGGGCUGCGCUUUUCAGCUCGAGUUCUGCUGGGAGCAAAGUAUCAUCAGCUGCUUCAUCCCCCCGAGAGCUGUCAGACAUCUAUCAGGAAGACCCAGCUACUUACUCAGACUCAGACACUGAUACUACCACAGAUGAUGAAUAUUACCUAGACGAGAUAGAUAAGGAAUCAGAACUGUGACAGCCUGUGGUACGAAGAUGGCAAGACAGCUCGGUCGUUUUGGGGCAGGCAAAAACAUGUAAAAUACUUUGAGCCAGUUCUUGUGCUGCUAUAGAUUGGUAAUCUUAAGUUUCAAAGAAGUUAGUAGUUUAUGUUAGCUGAACUUCUGAGUUUUGUAUUAAAUACGUGGCUUCACUAUUGUUGGUUUUUCCUGGCAGGGGAAAAAAAAAUCCAUCCGAAAAUAUUACCUUCUGUAGGUAAACAACUGUAGAGCUUUGGGCAGUGUAGGGCUGGAGAUGGCUUUCCUCUGAGUCAGCAAGCAGUGGCUCAGGCUGCUGCCAGCUAGGUAGAACAGUGCUAAAAUAGAUAAAAUCUUGCUCUAGCUACAUUUUCUUACAAGUUGUAAUAGGAAACCAACAGGUUACGUUGCUGAUAGAUGUUUCUCCAACUCUCAUUUACCAGACCAAGUAUCGUAAUGCUGAUCCAUCCCACCUAACACCCACACGAAAUGAAAGUCAUUCACUUCUUACAGCAUAUUUUGUAGGAAUGCUCUUUUUCUGUAUUCCUGGGAGGCAUUGCAGCAAUGUCCUGGUGGCAGUUGCUGGGCCAGGCGGUGGCCAUGUCGCAUGAGGUGGAUUCCAUGCCAGGAAUUUUCUCCUCAGCGCUGCAAGGGCAAUGAGCUUUGUGUGUUACAGGAGUGCUGCUAACGCACUUGAGCAAGGGGCGUAGCACUGCUUAGUGUAUUAGUAAUUUUCAGUACUGGAGUACUGUGAAAUUGCCGUGGAUGUUAACACAGAUGAGCAUGGAAAUCCGCUUUUCAGACGUGCGUGCGGGGAGAUUCACAACUGACACAGCUUUGGCUACGGUUGAGAUGAAUUGCCAGGCUUCUGCCUUUGACUUGGAACAGAUUCAUUUGGAUUAAUAACCCGGCGCUUUAAACCAUGCGAAAUGUAAAAGGUUUACCCUAUCUAUUGCCUAUACAAACCUCAUAGUUGAAUCCUAAGUUGUCCUAACAGUGCUAAGACAAGCUGAGUGGUGCAAACUGUGGCUGCCCCGUGCGGAGCUGACCCCGGUGAGCCGGGUGCCACCACCAGGCUGCUCCAGGCUGGCACCUCCCGCAGCGGGCGCUUGGCUGGGCCACCGCUGCACAGGCUGGCAUUUUUUUCCCAUGAAGCAGGUAAAACUGGUGAAAAGUGCUCCUUGCCUUUUGCUAAAUUACCACCUCUUUCUGGUGUUUUCCCACCAUUCCCGCUGUCACCGUGGAACUUUCUAUCCUUUGAAAUGAAACGCCGCAAUUGUUUUCCUGCGGCUUUCGUUCGGCCACAUUAAUGAAUGUUGUGUUAUUACUCAGUAGCCAAAACUCAUCCCUGGCCAUUAAGUUUCUAACUAAGCUUUGAUCUGUUUUUAUAUGAAAUAGCAAGCCAGAAGAUAGUAUUUUUAAAUAAUUAUACAUUUGUUUCUAUUUUAAUAAUUUCACAUGUGAUCUAAAAUGUUGAUCCAUAUUUUUGAUACGCUUUUUAAUUCAAUAAAAUUUCUGUAGGACAUAAUUAUAUUUUUGUAACUGGAAGGACAAUAUACUGAUAUUUUAAAAUAAUAUAUUUUAUCAGAACAAGCAGUGCUUGUCUCACCAAAUACUCCACAAGAAACUAAAAGAUGAAAAGAUAGUAGGUAACUGGUAUCCUUAUCUUUUGUACUGUAAACUUCGUUAAAGAAGUGGGUCUAAUUCAAAUCUAUACCGAUAUAUAAGUAUUAUUACUUUAUACUAAGAUAAUUUGUCUUGUACAUAAAAGGACUAAUAUAAACUAUGUAUUUAUGGUCAGAAUUGAUCUCUAAAACAUGUCUGUCUUAGAAGAAUGUAAGCGUAUGCUGACAUAUGCAAUAGUGGAAGGAAAUAACUACACUGUAACUGUAAUCUUGUAAAAUGUGGUAUUCUAAGGAAAAAUUAUGUUUUUUUUCUGUAAAUGGUUCUAUAUGUUUGGGAUCCUGUAGAGUAAGAUAAUAAAACCAGCUGAGUACCAACGAGGAAUUUGUGCUGUACAUUUCUGCAAAAUAUGUUAAUCUAAAAACUGGGAAUACCAGCCUACAUAAGUUAAAGGAUAAUAAAAUAAAUGUUUACAAGGGAAAUAAACGGUCAUACAGUUUUGCUCGACUUGAAGGGGAUGGUUUAGAACAUUUUUAUUUGUAUUUUCUACCUGUUCAACAGAAGUUGGAUUAAGUUCUCACCCUGUUGGUGUAAAAAAAGUUUUCUCGUUUGCUUUGCUGUGUAUCCACAGGCAGCUUGAUUUAAUGUAAACAAACAAAAAAACAGCUCCUGGUAAUAAAUCAGUUGUGCAUGACUGCAGCCUGUUGAGGAUCCGUGAUUUAAUAUUGACACUGAAUGAUGGUAUUCUCGAAAACAGUUUUGUGAAAACAGGGAGAAAAAUCCUUUGAGUAGCAAUCAGCUCCAUUCAGUUCAGCAGAGCCAGAUUUUGAUACCUUCGCUCUUUCAAGCUUUUUCUUUGGCAAAAGUAUAUUAUAUAAAUGCUCAUAAUUUAUAGGAUUUUCAUACCUAAAGUUACGUGUUUGCAAUAAACUGCAUUCAAAUGAA